AUGUGUGAUAAUAUACGCAGCAAAGCCAGUCAGAAAAGCGGAAACGGUGCCAAUGGAAGCGGAGCGACGAGCGGAGCGGGCAGCGGGGCCGCUUCGAGCGCCGCGCGUGCCAGCGACGUCAAGCCGGUUGAGUGCAACCUCUGCCAUCGCAAGUUCAAAAACAUACCAGCGCUGAAUGGGCACAUGCGAUUACAUGGAGGAUACUUCAAAAAGGAUUCAGACAGCAAAAAGCUGGAUAAAAAAGAAUCAACAGGACCACCUCUACAAACAGCGUCGGUAUCCGUACGAGCGCUCAUAGAAGAAAAAAUCAUAAGCCGCAGAGGAGCCACAGCUGCCUCCACUCCAGCUACAGGCACCAGCACUGACACAGUAGUUUCCCGAUCAGGGUUUCGUAGCACCGGCCCCGCACCUCUGUCCACCAUACGAACCUCCAUAGUGUCACCUGCUUCGCCGGUCGCGACUUCAUCACAUUUUGUGUCGCCACGAGCACCGCCCGUUGUGACCGUCGCAACUAAUGCUGCAACAAACAUCUGUACAGCGCAAAGAGAUUCUACUCUCAUUGAAUUAUUAAAGAAAGGAAACACAAAGGCUGUAAAGCGAUCAGCGUCAGAUCCCGGCCAAUCGUCACCGCAACAGGAUUUCACAUUCAGACCAGAACUGUUUGGAGUCUCAUUCAAUUCUGAUGACGGUUACUUUUCACCAGCGCUAAAUGAAGACACGUUUCAAUUCACUACAACACCCGAACAAUUGGAGGAGCUAGCUUCUUUAGAAGACUAUGCGACGGUGGCAGCAUCUAUUAGGGAACGGUCGCCUGUAACCUUCCCUUCAAAUAGACGACUCGCAGCGGUGUUAAAUUCACCACUACCAGAAUCUUUAGCAGAUUUUGGUGCCUGUCAUGGUGGUUCGCCGGUUCCUUCACCGGGAAUUGGAUACACAGCGAAUUCACCCGGAUUGUCGUACUCCACGGGUGACUCACCCGGGUUGGGUUUCACCGCCACUUCACCUAGCAGCUACUCAAACCAAGCGCAGCCGUCACCAGGGAUCGCUUACCCAACACCUCCUGCUUCCCACGACGCUCAUUCGCCUGCCCACACAGUACCGCGUGCGUCUUCACCGCUAUCCGCAGCCUUCUUCACGGCUACGAUGUCUAGUCAGGAAGAGGUGGAAGAAGCUUUGGAAGAGGUACUGCCGGAAGAGUGCAGAUCUUUAGAUGCAUAUUCCCUAGAACCAUUGCCACCACCGCGGCGAAUCAUGCUAAAUUCUGAAGAUCCAUUGCUUUCGAGCAGUCCUCGCGACUUCUCACAUCAACGGCCUUUCCGACGACAAAGCCGGAUGCCAACCACAAGUGUUUCCCAUUUGCAACAAUGGCAGCACGAAUCACUUCAAGUUUGCGUGGAAGGCCGUGACACAGUACCGGCUGUAUUUUUGAGCCCGAGCAGCGUGCCAGCUUCUCCGCAGAGGCGCAAGCGCCGCGCGUCACCGGCGGGACCAUACCACUCGCGCAUGCGACGAACUACCACCCAUUAUACUCCUCGACCAAUAUUCCCAGAUCGCGAAGGAUCGGGAUUGCUUAUAGAACUUACUACAGGAAUGACAGCUACAGAAACGGAUGUGCUGGCACAGCUGGAUGAACCCCGUCACGCACAGAUCAACAUCGGACGCGACUUCCAAGCGGACUUGCCGGAGCUUUGCAAUGAUCGUAUAGAUCUACAUCGCGUAUCGGAACAGCUUCUAUGGGACCCCGGCAUCAAUGAUGCUAGAGAUGACAAUGAAGUGCGAAUGUUCAUGGAGCUAGCCAUGUGCGCGGCGAUGCCAGUGGGCGGGCACACGCGGGAGUUCGCCCUGCAGACGCUGGGCGAGUGUGGCGGGGACAUCCGCGCGGCCACGCUGCGUCUCAUGUCGCGCCCCGCGGCGCCCGCGCAGCACGAGUCGCGCUGGGCACCCGACGAGGUCGAAGCCUUCUUAGCUGGACUGGGCCAUUACGAUAAGGACUUUUAUAGAAUUUCGCAGCUGGUAAGAACAAAAGACUCGAAACAAUGUGUACAAUUCUACUACUUCUGGAAGAAACUAACCAAAGAUUACAAAACGUUGUACUUACGAAGCUGGACGGUGGAGCAGCCAGUAUCAACACAAGGUUCUGUAGGGCAGUUUACCGCGCCCGCCGCCUCGACCAGCUCCUCGCCGUCGUCUCUAGAAACCGAGGAGUUCCCCUGCAAGAUAUGCGGGAAAGUAUUUAACAAAGUUAAAAGUCGUAGCGCGCACAUGAAGUCGCACCGGCCAUCGACGCCGAGCAAACGGCCUAAACUCGAAAAGCCUUAUGAAAAGGUCGAAAGAUCCGAUGACAGAUCCACGCGACAGCUGAAUACCAAGCAAACCGCCCGCACAGUAACCGAUUCCUUGCUCAGUCAUUCCGCCCGCGCGCCCCGCGCCCCGCGCCCCCGCGCCCCCGCGCCGACACUAAUGCCCGCUCGAAGCCAGGCCAGCCUGGUGACCCUGGCCACGCCUGGCACGCGGCACCUAGCGCUCUCAAAGUGA